AUGGAAUGUCUCUACUGUUUUCUGGGAUUUCUGCUUCUGGCUGCAAGAUUGCCACUGGAUGCUGCCAAACGUUUUCAUGAUGUGCUGAGUAACGAAAGACCUUCUGGUCAUAUGUGGGAGCACAACCAAUUAAAUGGGUGGUCUUCAGAUGAAAAUGACUGGAAUGAAAAACUCUAUCCAGUGUGGAAGAAGGGAGACUCAAGGUGGAAAAGCUCUUGGAAAGGAGGCCGUGUGCAGGCAGUUCUGACCAGUGAUUCCCCAGCAUUGGUGGGCUCAACCAUAACAUUCGCAGUGAACCUGGUAUUCCCCAGAUGCCAAAAGGAAGAUACCAGCGGCAACAUAGUCUAUGAGAAGAACUGCAGAAAUGAUACUGGUCCAUCUCCUGACCUUUAUGUUUACAACUGGACAGCGUGGACAGAGGACAGUGGCUGGGAAAACGACACCAGUGAAGGCCAUCACAAUGUGUUCCCUGAUGGGAAGCCUUUCCCUCACCCCUGGAAAAAGAAUUUUGUCUACGUGUUCCACACACUUGGUCAGUAUUUCCAGAAAUUGGGACAGUGUUCAGUGACAGUUUCCAUAAACACAGCCAAUGUGAGUCUUGGCCCUCAAAUCAUGGAAGUAACUGUCUUUAGAAGACACCGACGGACAUAUGUUCCCAUCGCAAAAGUGAAAGAUGUGUAUGUAGUAACAGAUCAGAUUCCUGUAUUUGUAACUAUGUCCCAGAAGAACAAUCGAAAUUCAUCUGAUGAAACCUUCCUCAGGGACCUCCCCAUUACGUUCAGUGUCCUGAUUCACGAUCCCAGCCACUUCCUCAAUGAGUCUGCCAUUUACUACACGUGGAAUUUCGGGGAUAAUACUGGUCUCUUUGUUUCCAACAAUCACACUUUGAAUCACACCUAUGUGCUCAAUGGAACCUUCAGCCUUAACCUCACCGUGCAAGCAGAAGUGCCUGGACCUUGUCCUUUGCCUUCACCCAGACCUCCAAAAACCACCCCUUCUUUGGUACCUACUGGUGACAAUACCCUGGAGCUGUGGGAGAUUCCUGAUGAAAGUUGCCAUAUUACCAGAUAUGGCUACUUUAAAGCCACCAUCACAAUUGUAGAGGGCAUUCUAGAGGUUAACAUCAUCCAGGUGACAGAUGUCCUGAUGCCUGGGCCACAGCCUGACAAUUCCCUGGUGGAUUUCGUCGUGACCUGCCAAGGGAGCAUCCCCACAGAGGUCUGCACCGUCAUCUCUGACCCCAGCUGCCAGAUCACCCAGAACCCAGUCUGCGACCCUGUGGCCGUGGAGCUGGGUGACGCGUGCUUGCUGACCGUGAGGAGAGCCUUCAGUGGGUCUGGGACAUACUGUAUGAAUCUCACUCUGGGUGAUGAUGCGAGUCUGGCCCUCACGAGCACCCUUGUCUCUAUCUCCAGCAGAGACCCAGCUUCCCUUUCAAGAAUGGCAAAUGGUAUCCUGGUCUCCCUUGGCUGCUUGGCCAUACUCGUCACUGUGAUUGCCUUUUUGAUGUACAAAAAACACAAGGAAUACAAACUAAUAGAAAACAGCCCUGGGAUCGAGAUCAGAGGCAAAGGCCUGAAUGUUUUCCUCAAUCAUGCAAAGACCCUGUUCUUCCCCGGAAACCAGGAAAAAGAUCCACUGCUCAAGAACCAACCAGGAAUUCUUUAA